AUGAGUCGUAUUUCGAAAUUAUUCAGACGUAGCAUCCGGAUAUCUGCCGCAGAGACUCCUUUGGACUUUGUCCCUCCCUUUGUUCCUGCUGUUUGUGAUGGUUUUUCCCAGGCAAUUGGCAAUACACCAUUGAUCAAACUUCCCCGGAUUUCCAAAUCGGUUGGAAGAAACAUUUGGGCCAAAGCUGAAUUCAUGAACCCUGGAGGUUCCAUUAAGGACCGUGCUGCAAAGUACAUUUUGGACGACGCUGAGAAGAAGGGUCUUAUUUCUGCUGGUGGAACGGUCGUAGAAGGUACCGCUGGAAAUACUGGAAUUGGGUUAGCCCACGUCUGUAGGCUGCGUGGGUACAAAUGCGUAAUUUACAUGCCUAACACUCAAUCGCCUUCCAAGAUUGAAACUUUGCGCCUUUUGGGGGCGGAAGUACAUCCUGUUCCAGCAGUGGCUUAUGAUAACCCAGACAACUAUAACCACCAGGCAAAAAGACACGCAGAGGGUCUUCAAAAUGCAGUAUGGACCAACCAAUUCGACAACACUGUCAACAGACAAGCCCACAUAGACUCCACCGGACCGGAGAUCUGGGCCCAGCUUGACGGCAAGGUUGAUGCAUGGACUUGUAGUACAGGUACUGGCGGAACUUUCGCUGGUGUCACCAGAUAUCUCAAGACCAUGGAUUCUGGAGUGAAAUGUGUGUUGGCUGAUCCUCCAGGAUCUGUCUUGUAUUCGUACAUUCGUAGUAAUGGUAAGGAAAUUAUUCGUGGUGGCUCUUCCUUCACUGAGGGUAUCGGUCAAGGCAGAGUGACUGCCAAUUUGCAGCCAGACUUGGAUCUCAUUGACGAGGCCAUUCAAAUUAGUGAUGAGAAGUCAAUUGCCAUGUUGUAUCGCUUGCUUGACGAAGAGGGGAUUUAUGUUGGAGGCACUAGUGCUCUUAAUGUUGUUGCAGCCAUUGAAACAGCACAGACUUUGCCCGAAGGCUCUAACGUAGUCACGGUAUUGUGUGACACUGCACAGAAAUACACUGGCAAAGUGUUCAGUAAGCUGUGGCUCAAAGAGAAGAAUUUGUGGGACGCAAUUCCAGAACACUUGCAAAAGUAUGCUGCCCUAGACUAA